AUGGCUGUCAGUAAAAGAGAUUUAGAGGAGUUGAAGCCAUGGGUGGAAGAAACUGUGAAACGGCGGUUAGGAUUUAACGAGAAAAGCGUGGUAAACGCUGCUUUGUAUUGCGUUACAAACAACUUGGACAGAAGUUCAUCUCGUGAAAAGUUAUCUUCACUUUUGGACGAUUUAGCUCCACAGUUCGUGAGCGACCUAUUCGACAGAGUAUCUCAGCUAAAGAGCAGUAAAAGUUCUAGUUCUGGAAAAAGUUCUCAAUCGAAAAAAAGAACUCUGGAGGAUGUGUUUGGAGAAGAUGCAGAUGACCGUGGCGACUCAUCAUACCUGAGGAGCAAACGAAAACAGAGCAGAUUUGACGCUCUAAAGGAUGAUAAUGUACCUUUACCACCAGCAAUGCCUGAAUCAAUAGAAAGAGCUACUCCUCUGAGUAGCAAUCAAAUCAGUGAAAUGGUAGCAAGUAUGAAGAAACAAAUAGAGGAAAGAAAGAAACAGUUGACCGUUAUAAGGCAGGCUCAGCCAGCUGCUGUUCCUGUAGCUCCAUCAGUACCAAAAGUUUCUGCACAGGUAAAUAUUUGUAACAAUAGGGUUUUUCGGCAUUCUGCUCCGGUGAACAAACAUAAAGAAAUGAUGUCGUUGAACAGUUUCAUACAAAUCACUGUAUCUUCACGCGAGCCUCGAGUUGGCGCCUUGUUUAUAUGAAUGCUGGAAAAGUUUAUUUUAGAAUAAUUGGUCACUUGUUGGAGGGCUUUAAAGAACUGAGCAUAAACACAGCAGUUUCUUUUGGUUUUCUGCAAGGUGCAAAUAAGUGGCCAGGUAUUCUGUAAUCUAGGCAAAUAUUCUUCAUCACAGUAAUCAAAGCUCUAUUGUGAAUCAGUAUUAAGCACAUUCUCAGAGACCCAGUAGCAUUCUAUUGGUUUGAGUGGAUUUAAAAGUACAGAGAAAAUUGGCACAUUGAAUAUUUACAGAAUUGGGUUGAAGAGGCAGUUGGUGCUUUCUCCUAUCAAUGUACGUGUAAAUGGUGAACAGCAUCACCUGAGUUACCUUCAUGUUUCUUACAUGAAAAUUCUGGUCUUGCCUUGCAGUAUGUGUUUGGAUAAUUUUACCCAUGUUAUUAUUUGUAAAGUAAACUAGACCUUCACACAGUUGUGUGGAUUAGCAUAAAAAGGAAAUUUGAAACGGGAUUGGAACCCAUGUUCCCUCGCUUGAAUCAAUCAAAAGCAAGUUUGAUAACAUGUGUGAGCUGUUUACCUGAUUUGAGAGCUUCCUGGCAAGUCAUCUGCUUGGUUCUUUGAUAGUCAUAAUAUUCUGUCCUUUAUAUCUGACAUUCCCCAUUCAUUAAGAAUCCACAUCCUGUUUGAAAACAAUCAUUUGCUUGAAAAAUUGAUCAGUUUGUAGAUAUAGCACUGAGUAAAAUUCCCAUGUUUGUGUUUGUUUUGCAGCCUCUUCCAAGUUUAUUACAACAGCAGGAGUUGAUGAAUGAAGCAAUAGAAAAAGCUAAAAGGGCAGCUGAACUACAAGCAAGGAUUCAAGCUCAGCUGGCAAAUAAACCUAACCUGGUAAGAACAGUGCUACAUUUGAUUAAUUAUUACAUUAUGUUACAAAGCUGUCAAUCAGUGCUAGGAGCCAGGAAUUUCUCCUGAUUUCUAUGAGCAUGUCCUCUAGCUACUUUCAUCAGCAACCAAAAGAAAAUACUGCUUUACAAAAUUCCUAGCUGUUCAAUUCCCCACCUGAAAAUUUCUUUUUUCCGCAACUUGGAACCUUCACAAAAGACAUAAUAAUACAUGUAGCAUUGAAAUGACUGACAAUCAAAAUGAAAUGAAAUAGAUGGCAAUCCAUGCAGGUUAUGGAAGCAGUUUUUCAUGUCCUUGUUAUUACACAUUUUUUAUAUUUCAUUUUGUCCUCUCAGCUUUAGUCAAAGAGUAAACUUAAUGCUACCACAAGGCUCCACAAACUUACUAAUCUAUUAAUAUGCAUAUCACUAAUGGCAACAAGUUUAUAUGUUAGUCUUUGUUUGUUGUGGGCAAAGUACAUGUAUACAGUGCAUAAAUGUAGUUUUUAAACCAGUUGUUUUACUACAUGAUGUCCAGGUUUGGGAUACUUGUAAUAAUUUUUUUUGCAAACCUCUUGGUUAAUAUUGUUUUGAUUUUUUCAAUGUACUUGUGCUAAAUUUUGUUAUAAACCUUCAGUUUUCCAGCACAGGACUCACAAGUGCUGGCACAAACCUGAUUAAGUCAGGUUUGAUUUCUGUGUCUGCCAUUAAAGAAGACGACUCUCAUCCAAAAGCCCUGAUCUUGGAUCAGUCCGGGCGAACAGUUGAUGCUGCUGGGAGAGCCAUUCAGCUGACCAGCCGCAUGCCAACACUGAAGGCAAACAUCCGUGCAAAGAAAGCUGAGAAGUUCAAGAUUGAAAAGCCAACAGAAGAUUUAAAUGAAAGCAAAUAUUUUGAUCCUAGAGUGGGGUAAGUGGAGCUUCCAGAUUUACCUUUCAUGUUUUAAGAAGGAAAAUGUGACCAGUUAAACUGUUUAUGUUGUGUAUUUUCAUAUAUAGUACUUAUUUUUGAGUCUGUGGUGUAUUUUGGAAGAAGGAGAUUUGUAACACCUACAUGUACUGUACAUUGUAGGUUGAUUCUCAAGCUCGUUUGUCUCCUAGCCCUAAUUCAUGAACAGUUGGGUUAGGAAACAAAGAAAAUUGAACAGAUUCUUGCUAUGUACACUUUUAGUUACAUAUAAUAACUUCAAGUUUCUGCUCUAUAUUUCCAAAAGGUCUAAGCAUCUUGGGUUAAGGAUUUUUUUUUCUUUACUGAGGUACUGUGUAGUGCAUAUUAAUCAUAUUUUUGUAAACAUGUACGUUUACUCACAGAUUACAUUUAAAUGAAGCGAUGAUCGUUGCAGUGGUAAUUGCGAUUAAUGCAAUUGCAAAUUAACCCCAAAAACUUUCGGGACUUUAUUGGGAUUUCAACCCAUGGCCUCUGGGUUAGUGUGGCAGUGCUCUGCCAACUGAGCUAUGAAGACCUAUACAUUGAGAGCAGGCCAAUUUGUUGAGUUCAUCUUAACUGGUGAAAGGAAUGAAACAUAGGAUGAAGAUGAUGUGAACUGUGGAAAUACAAAUUUUAGAAUGAAGAUAUGAUUGUUGCAGUGGUAAUUGCAAUUUAAGCAAUUGCAAAUUUACCCGAACAUCAAUGGGAUUCAAACCCAUGGCCUUUUUCUUUGGUUAGUUUGCAAUUGCUUCAAUUGCAAUUACUGCUGCAAUGAUCAUAUCUUUAUUUAAAAAUUUGUAUUUCCACAGUUCACAUUAUCUUCAUUCUCUAGAUUACAUUUACUUAUAUGGGUGGACGGAGUGCAUGGAAAAGAGCCCUUAACGACACUUAAUCUUUUUUUAAAUUUUCUUUUGUAAAACAAAAAUCUAGUAGUUUGUGACAAGUCAUUUAAGGCUUUUUUGGAUACAUGUACCUGUACAUUUACGUGGUAUUGAUGGCUUGGCUACAGCAUGUACUUAAUUUUAAUCCAUAUUUUUGCUAGGAUAAAACAAGCGCAACGAAGCAAGCGAGGAUUUAAGUUCCAUGAAAAGGGAAAAUUUCAACAAAUGGCUCAAAGGAUCAGAGCUAAGGUAUGGUGUCCAUAUACAGUAUUGUCUCAAUAGCAAUUCAACAACAUUUCCAUUUAUUGUAGUAAUUAAUUGUCAAUUUUUGAUGAUAUGAUAAUUUUUAUUACAAAAUCAAACAUUCAGUUUUUGUCCUAUAUGAAAUGCAUUAUUUAAAUAGUCAGAUCAAGUUGUGUGAAGCAACUUCUGUAAUCUCACAUACAUUUUGUUUCCAGCCAAAUCUGAUUUCUACUGUUAAAGAAGUACUUUUAAUAUUUUAUCUAAAGUUUCAAAAUGCAAAAUCCUGUUUUUUUAUUUGCUGGUAUCCUUGCUAAUUAUCAGGUCGUAGAAAAAACUAACAUACAUGUACAUUUACUUUGAUAAAAAAACAAAACAGUGGCAACUUUUUCAAGAUUGAGAUUGAAGUAGAUAUAAUGCAUUAAUGCGAUCUAAGAAGAAACAGAAGCAGCCACAAAAAUAUGGUAUGAAGAGAUUGAGGGUGAGAGUUAAAAAUUUAGUUGUCUCUGUGUGACAAACAAAAAUGGUUGUAUAGACUUGAUGGUAGAGUAGUAUGGAAAAUAGGCUUGUACUAAAACAAUAAGAAUGCUCAUUCUUGUUUCCUAAGACUCAAAUUCAUGUACAGCUGUAGUCAACUCGGGCCUACAUGUACUUGGCUUGUUCAGUAUGGACUCAUAGAAAGCUUAAACUCACAGUGUAAUUGUAAGCAAACAUUAAGAAGGACAAGAGUCGUUUUAUGCUGAUAGAUACUUGAUAAAAAUCACCCAAAAAUGCCAAAUGCCCAUAAAAAAUGAGCAAAAAUACUAGCAAAUUUGUAAAAAAAAAUUAAGAAGGCGUGUUACCAACAUUGAUACCAGUAACUUGAUGAUGUGACUGGCCAUAGAAGUCUUAAGUUCACCUUCUCAUUGCUAAUAAUAUUUAAUACCUUUGCAUUUUAGACCCAGUUAGAUAAGCUUCAAAAAGAGAUCGCAGCAGCCGCAAAGAAAACAGGCAUUUCAUCAGCAACUAAACUUGCACUGAUCACACCAAAAGAAGCUCAAGAAGAUUUUGUUCCAGACAUUGAAUGGUGGGAUGCAAAUAUCCUGCCCAGUGGGAAAUACAUGAAUAACUUACAGACUGACAGCAUAGAGGCCUAUAUCAGUGGAGUGACAGCAUUGGUUGAACAUCCCGUACAGAAACAUCCGCCUGGUAAUUACAUUAAUUUAUAUGACUCGCUGGUCUUUUUUUUAGUGUAGACUGACACCAACUUUCUAAUAUUGUAGUACAAUGGAAAAAAAAUUCUUUUUGCCUUCAUUCUAAACUGUGACAAAACCUUAAGUUAAAAUACAAUUAAAAAUUACUAUUAGCAAAUCAAGACUUUAAUUUUGUGCAGCCUACCUACACUUGAUACAGGUCUAUUUCUGAAAUUAUUUUUUGUGGAGCAGAAAACUCUGCAAAUUUCCUCCCUUUCUUGAUAAAUGUACAUCUACUUUUUAUUUUGUAAACUUACACUGUGAUGGUUAAACACCCCAGUCUGUCCUGUAAUUUUAAAUUUUCUUUGUUUUCUUAUGUGUUUUCUCCUUACAUGAAGCUGAACCCAAAGAGGCGCCUUCAGUUCCUAUAAUGUUAACAAAGAAAGAAAGAAAAAAGAUUCGCACUCAGCGACGGAGAGAGAUAGAAAAGGAGAAGCAGGAAAAAAUCAGGCUUGGUCUUGAGCCACCACCACCACCCAAAGGUGAGAGAAAGCUUCCCUCACUGCUUCAGAUUACUGUCAGUGUUAUGUACAUUGUAGAAAUCAGAAACAGUGGCAGCAUACUGGAGAGAGCGUUUGCCUCCCACCAAUGUCCACCAAGUUCAAGUCCCGGUGUUGAUGCCUUAUGUGGAUGUUGAUUGUCUUCUCUGCUGCAAGAAUUUUGUCUGCGAGUUUCCCUAAAAAAACCAGCAUUUCCAAAUUAUAGCUCCACCUGGAUAGUGUCUUCAAACAGUUGGGGAUACUUCAAGAGCAAUACAUGUGGGUUUAUCACUUCUUGAAACCUUUCAAUAAAGUUAGUGUGGUGGAUGAACUGCAGUAAGCUCUCUGUCCAAACUGAAACCAUCAACCAGCUUAGCCUUUGAAAAAAAAAUGGUCUUCUUCUUAUCACAACAUAGCGUGCGAGGCUGCUAAUCACAGUAUUCUUUUUUUUUGUUUUUUUUUGUUUUUUAGUUAAAAUCUCCAAUUUGAUGAGAGUACUGGGAAAUGAAGCGGUGCAAGACCCAACCAAAGUAGAAGCUCAUGUGAGGGCACAAAUGGCACAAAGACAAAAGUAAGUGAUAUGUGAGAAGACUGCAGGUAAAUAUUGGACAAAACGGUUGACAGAAGAAGGGGUCAAUCAUGAGCAAUAACUUCUUGCUGAAUGUCAUGGAUAAUAUUGAAAUGCGUGCAAAAUUCAGUUGCUAAAUUCCUGCUUGGUUUUAUUAUAUGAUUGCACAAGUGGAAAACAACGUCCUUGAGCCGUUUGAGUGGUGGUCGAUGCAUCCACUCUUAGGAGAGAAAUUGGCCCAUGGCAAACCUUCCCCUGUAAUUGGCUGUCUACAAUGGAAUCGAAUAGUAACAUUGCUUGACUAAGCAUAUGCAUGUAAGGUGUCUAGGUGUCUAGGUUUUGUCAUCAUCGUCCACCAAAACCCAGAAAAUAAUUGCUUAGGUGACAUUGAGCUCACGCUUGCCACACACGUUAAACAUUACUGACGUCUGAAGGCGUUUAUUACUUAACAUUUUCGGGGGGGUCUAUUUUACAGGGCUCAUGAAGCUGCUAAUGCUGCCAGAAAACUAACUCCUGAAGCUCGUCGUGAGAAGACAAUCCGUAAACUGAAGGAGGACACUUCCCUUGGUGUACAUGUAGCAGUGUUCAGAGUAAAAGAACUAAAAAACCCUCAGAAAAAAUAUAAAGUGGAUAUCAAUGCACAGCAGCUUUACUUAACAGGUAUGCGCUGUUAGUUUAGUGUAACGAAUUUCAGACAUGCCAGUAAUAACCAUCCCCACCUCUAUCUUCUAUCAACAUCGCGGUUUUUCAAGUGGUAAAGUUUUGUUUCUUAUAAUGGGAACAAUCAAGGUUUUUUUGAGGGCGGAGUCUGGUUGUUUUUAAUACGUCUACAUGUAGAAAUGUCCGAACACUAUAUUCAGUUUUUUUGUGUGUGUGUUUAUUUGACUUCUUCUUCUUCACAUCAGUGUACAAAACACACAAACUUAUUUCUUGAGAAUUAAAAGAAUGAGUAAUUACUUUCCUCACGCAGGAGCUCGAAGGAAAUAAUUAUUCUACACCCCGGAUGUACCAUAGGAUUUACCCUCCUUAUUCGUUUUGAAAAGUGAGAGCGGACAGCGCAAUGAGUUGCGCUCUCAGAAAUGACAAAAGCAGACCAUCACUUUGCGGACAGUUUAUCGCUGGACCUCACGAAAGCACUGCCCCUUGAUCCGGUACUCUUUUUAUGAAUUAAUUUUUAACUUGAAAUGCCUUUUUCUCGUAAAGGUUGUGCUGUUCUAUACAAAGAUGUUAAUAUUGUGGUAGUGGAAGGAGGCCCAAAGUCAGUCAAGAAAUUCAAGCGUUUAAUGCUGCAUCGGAUCAAAUGGGAAGAUGAAAAAGAUUCUGAUGAUGAUGACGAGGAGGAUGAGGCUGCUGCCAGCAAAAAGACAGCGCCAUGUGUGUUAGUUUGGGAGGUAAAUGAAAAUUAAAAUGGGUGCAAUUUUGACACCACUGAUCAGUUUUCUUCUAUCUCUUAAAGACUUCUUUUGCAAUGUUGUAGCAACUGGACAAGAAAUUCGAUUUGUACAGAAAAUUAUACAUCCGACUUGCCAUAAAUCUUCUAUGAAACCCCCCCUUCUCAAAUAAGCUUCCUCCCUCUAUAAACCCCCCUUUUCUGGUUAAGAAAGUUUAUUUGACCCCAUCUCUUUAAGAAAAGUUCAUUUAGCGGAAACGGAUGUUUUUAAAAUUAAAACUCAUGCUGUUGUUGUUUUGCUACAUAUAUGUCGUAUUAAUUUCUUACUAUAACUAUGUACUGUCGUUAUGCCGGUCAAGACUGUUAAUCUGCGCUUUGCACUGCCUCAAACAAUGAGCCUAGCUUUCAUCUUCACAGCAUAAAGUGUGUUCAAGCACAAAAGUCAGCGUUUUUUUUUUUUUAUUCCUUCGUCUUUUAAUCUGGAUGGACCUUGUGAUUGUUGAUAAUAGCCAAAAAGGACGUUCUUUAAUUCCACAGGGCACCAACCAAGAAAGGAACUUUAGCGACUGGAAAUUUAAAUUGUGUCCAAUGCAAUCGAUUGCAAGAGAACAUCUCAAGAAAUACGGAGUAGAACACUAUUGGGAUCUGGCUCUUAGCGAAUCACUGCUUGAAAAUGCUGAUGAUUGA